CUAAGCUUCCUGAUUACUCGGCGCCGUUGUGCCACCUCCUCUCCCAAAUCCCCCAAAACCCUACCUGCCGCCACGCUCUCCCGCCUUCCUCGCCGGCGCCGCUUCUCCCCCCUACACCCCAAAAAGGCAGGCGAAAACCCGCGCGGGGCGGCGGGAUCGAGGAGGGAUGUCGUCGGAGGGACAGACGAGCCGGCUGUUCCGCAUCCGGCGCACGGUGAUGGAGAUGCUGCGGGACCGCGGGUACCUGGUGGUGGACGCCGACAUCGAGCUGUCCAUGCGCGAGUUCAUCGACCGCUACGGCGACCCCGUCCGCCGCGAGGACCUCGUCAUCAACCGCGUCAAGAAGGACAAUCCCAACGAACAGAUCUACGUCUUCUUCCCGAGCGAGGCCAAGCCGGGCGUCAAGACGGUCAGGGGCUAUGCCGACAAGAUGAAGCAGGAGAAUGUCACCAACGGCAUAAUCGUCGCGGAGCAAGCGCUGAGCGCAUUCGCCCGCAACGUCCUGCAGGAUAACUCCAAGAGUUUCUUCCUCGAGGUCUUCCAGGAAGGGGAGCUUCUUGUAAACAUUAAGAAUCAUGAGCUUGUUCCGGAGCAUGUUCUUCUGACACAUGAGCAGAAGAAGACACUGUUGGAGAAAUACACCGUGAAAGAAACUCAGCUCCCUCGGAUUCAAAUCACAGAUCCAAUAGCAAGAUACUAUGGCAUGAAGCGUGGACAGGUCGUGAAGAUCACCCGGCCCAGCGAGACUGCUGGAAAAUAUGUGACCUAUCGCUAUGUUGUCUGAGCUUUCACUAUUUUGUUAAGGCUUGAGAUUUUCUGUGAGCAACUUCAAAAUACUUCCCCCAAUGCUAGUUCCUCAGUAGAAGAAAAAAUCUCGUCUCUCGAGGAACAGAAGUACUUUCUGAACUUUACAAUUGCUCAGUCAAUUUGACAUGACGGUUGUAGGCAUAACCAUAGGUUUCUGGAUUGUGCUCUAUUUGGCUGCUAAGUCUCUGUUAUCUGGAAACGUUGAUCUGUUUUGAGUUCCAGCUUGUGUCUAAUUACUGGUGUGUAAUAUUGGGAGCAGACCAAAGUUUUUCCGUUCAAGGCCCAUAACGUGAUUGGUUGGUUU